AUGAUCAUGGAUAAACAUUAUUUGACAAAUGCAAAUGCAAAUGCAAAUAAUAAUAAUAUUCAUAUGAUAAAUGAAAAAAAUUUUCGCAGAUCGUUACCAAUAAUUGUUAGCAUCUCAAAUGAUCAGUCACAUACAAAUGAAACUGAUCGUUUUUUUAAUGAAUAUGAUUCAUCAAAUAUUUUAACCAAUUUACCAGAUUUAUGCGAUCUUGAAGAAAGAGAUGAAAAUACAUUACCUUUUCCAGGUUUUGUUGAAAAAGCUUUUUAUUGUCUCGGGCAAACAACCCCACCACGCUAUCAAUGUUUAAAACUUAUAACAUGGUCAUGGUUUGAACGUAUAAGUAUGUUUGUUAUUUUGAUUAAUUGUAUUACAGUUGGUAUAUACGAACCUUGUGCACGCCAUACUGGUAUAGAGUCAUCGAAAAAAUGCGAUACAGCACUUUGUUUCUGGCUACAAACAACAGAUUAUUUUGUUUUUGCACUUUUUACAGUUGAAAUGUGUAUUAAAAUGACAGCAAUGGGAAUAUUCGGUAAAGGAACUUAUCUUGCCGAAUCAUGGAAUCGACUUGAUUUUUUUAUUGUUCUUACUGGAUUAGUGGAAUUAUUGAUACCAGGUGAUAAUUUAAGCCUAUCAGCUAUUCGUACAGUUCGAGUACUUCGUCCAUUACGUGUCAUUAAUCGUGUACCAUCAAUGCGUAUUCUUGUUAUGCUUCUACUCGAUACAUUACCUAUGCUGGGCAAUGUCCUUCUUCUCUGUUUUUUUAUCUUUUUUAUCUUUGGUGUUAUUGGUGUACAAUUAUGGAAAGGAUUAUUACGUAAUCGUUGUUUUUUACAACUAAAUACUACAAUUAUAGAUAAUUAUGCAUUGUUGGAUGAUUUUCCUUUCCAAUCUUUUUAUAUUCCGUCGGAUCAAGAUUCAUUUAUUUGUUCUGAUCCAUCGUCAAGUGGAAUGACAAAAUGUUCAGAAAUUCCACAACUUCGUCGAGAUAAUAUGAUAUGUAACCUUGAUUUUCAUUCAUUGAGUUCAUCAUUAGCAAAUAAAACAAUAAAUGGAUGUAUUAAUUGGAAUCAAUAUUAUCAGUUAUGUGCUAUUUCUGAUAAAAAUCCAUUUUCUGGAAUGAUUAGUUUCGAUAAUAUUGGUUUAGCCUGGCUUGCUAUCUUUCAGAUAAUUACUUUUGAAAAUUGGGUUAGUAUAAUGUAUUAUAUACAAGACGCACAUUCAUUUUGGGAUUGGAUUUAUUUUGUAUGUCUUACUGUUAUUGGGUCAUUUUUUAUGAUGAAUCUUUGUCUUGUUGUUAUUUCUACACAAUUUAGUGUAACCAAAAAACGUGAGACAGCACGAAUGUUAGCUGAACAAAAACGUUUUUCACGUUCAACAACUACAGUAACAAGUGACCAACAAGGUUCUUGUUGGGAAGAAACAAUUAAAUAUUUUCAGCGAUUAUGGAAACGUGCAUAUAAACGAUUCAGAACAUUCUGGAAAAAUCAUCGACAAAAAUCUAAUAAAUUUAAUAAAAGACAUCAUCGAAAAGCAAAAACAAGAAAAAAAGUUGUAAUAUCAAAUGCAUUACCUUCAUCGAAUGUCAAUAUAGUCUCAUCAGCUCCAUUCAUUAAUCAGAAACAUCGACCAAAUUGUCGACAUAAUCAGUCUCAAUCAUUAUUAGUGCCAACGCCAUUAUCAAAAUCAAUUGACCGUGACACUGAUACUUGUGAAAUUUGUUCAGAUGUAAUUGCUACAAUGCCAGCAAAUAAUAAUUUAUCUAUUGAAAAAGACCGACGAAAUAAUGAAAAUCUUGAAUUUGAACGACAAGAACAACAAAUAGAAAGAAAUGAUAUUUGUGAUUGUGAUUAUCAAGAUGAAAUUGUUCAUAUAUCCGACAAUAAUCUAGAAGAAGAAAAAUCAAAAUUUCGUCAAAGAUGUGAAAUUUGUUGCUGUUGCUGUUGUUGUUGUUCAUGUUUUAGAAUAAUACAAAAAUUAAUUUCACUUGUUGUUACUAGUAAAUAUUUUGAUCACUUUAUUUUCUUGGCUAUUAUUAUGAAUACACUUUCAAUGUCUAUUGAAUAUCAUGGACAACCACAAUCAUUAACAAAUGUAUUGGAAUAUAGCAAUUAUGUUUUUAUAAUAUUAUUUACAAUUGAAAUGUUAUUUAAAAUAAUUGCUGAAGGUUGUUUAAAAUAUAUUAAAAAUCUAUUUAAUAUAUUUGAUGGUGGAGUUGUUUUAAUUAGUCUUAUUGAAUUAUAUGAAGCAAAACACAGCGGAUUGUCUGUUUUACGUACAUUUCGAUUAUUACGUGUACUUAAACUUAUCCGAUUUAUGCCAACAUUAAGACGACAAUUGAUACUAACACAAGAAGAUUGGAAUGAAGUACUUUAUAAUGGAAUGAAAAAGACAAGUCCAUGGUCGGCAUUAUAUUUUAUUGCACUUAUGAUAUUUAACAAUUAUAUAUUACUCAAUUUACUUGUUGCCAUUCUUGUUGAAAGUUUUCCAAGCGCAAAAGAAGAUGGUAGAACAAAUAGUAAAAAUAGUACGAAUAGAUUGGACAAAGCAGAUCAAUUUAAAACACAAACAAUUAUCACAGGUAAUAUUCAAAUGCCCGAGAAUCUCGAUGAAUCGACAAGUAUUUAUCAAACAAUAAGAAGACAAGAAAAAAAUGAUAGACAUACAGAACCUAAUACUAGUAGUGCUAUUCAGCUUGCUAUUGAUACUCAACUACUGGUUAUUCGAUCAUGUUUAAGUGAACUUGGUGGACAACGAAUAUUUGAAUGUAUAAAGAAGCGAGAAAACUAUUCACUUCACCUUUUUUCACCUUCGAACAGACUACGCAAAGUAUUUCAACGAUUAAUUGUACAAAAAUCAUUUGAUUAUUUUAUUCUUUUCUUUAUUGCUCUCAAUUGUAUUACACUCGCUAUGGAACGUCCAUCGAUUUCUCCAACAAGUUUUGAACGACAAUUUUUGAACUACGCUAAUUACAUAUUUACAGCUGUUUUUACUAUUGAAAUGAUAAUUAAAGUAAUUGCAAGUGGACUUAUUUUUGGAUCUAACACAUAUUUACAUACCGGCUGGAAUGUUAUGGAUGGAUUUCUUGUAAUUGUUUCAGUUGUUGAUCUUUGUACAAUGAAUCAAGGUCGUAUUACGUCACUCACAGAGUCGGAUACAACAUUACAUAUUCUGGGAAUGUUAAGAGUCUUUCGUUUAUUACGAACAUUACGAGCACUGACAAUUAUCAAUCGAGCACCUGGCCUUAAACUUGUGGUUCAAACUUUACUUUCAUCAUUGAGACCAAUCGGUCAUAUUUUUCUUAUUUGUUGUAUAUUCUUUAUCAUCUUUGGCAUUCUUGGUGUUCAGCUCUUCAAAGGUAAAUUCUACUAUUGUGAAGGUCCUCUCGCUCAUAAUAUAAGAACAAGACAAGAAUGUGAAGCUAUGUCUGAUCAUCGAUGGCAAAAUCGGCAAUACAAUUUUGAUCAUUUGGGUCAAGCUCUACUAACACUAUUUGUUCUUUCAUCAAAAGAUGGUUGGGUACAAAUAAUGUAUAAUGGUAUUGAUGCGGUUGAUGUUGAAAUGCAACCAAUAAAGAAUUAUAGUGAAGCAAAAUUAAUUUAUUUUGUAUCAUUUAUUUUAAUUGUCAGUUUUUUCGUUCUUAAUAUGUUCGUCGGUGUUAUUGUUAAAAAUUUCCGUAACUGUCAAGCCCAACAAGAGCUUGAAGAAGAAGCUCGAAAUAAUAAAGUAAAACAUGCAAAAAAAAUUAAAUGUAAACAACAUCUUAUGCGUGAACUAUCAUAUUAUGCACAUUUUUCAUCAUGGCGUAAACGUUUACAUGAUAUAUGCAUUAGCAAAUAUUUUGAUUUAAUUAUUGCUGCUAUUAUUGGUUUUAAUGUUGUUACAAUGUCACUUGAGUUUUAUUCUAUGCCAUCUGACUUAGAUAAGUUUCUUGAAUACUGUAAUUAUGUGUUUACGGGUGUAUUCUCACUUGAAUUUAUAUGGAAAAUUAUUGCACUUGGACCAUCACGUUAUUUUAAAGACAAAUGGAAUCAAAUGGAUUCAUCUAUUGUAUUUUUAUCAAUAGCUGAUAUAAUAAUGGAAAAAAUAUCAAGUGGACAUAUUCUUCCAAUAAAUCCGACACUUAUUCGUGUGAUUAGAGUAUUGAGAAUUGUACGAGUACUGAAACUACUGAAAAUGGCCAAAGGUGUUCGAACUCUAUUAGAUACUGUUCUUCAAGCUCUUCCACAAGUUGGAAAUUUGAGUCUUCUGUUCAUUCUUCUUUUCUUCAUCUUUGCUACACUUGCUGUUGAAUUAUUUGGAAAAUUGGAAUGUAGUGAAGAACAACCAUGCAGUGGUCUCAAUAAACAUGCACAUUUUAAAAAUUUUGGUAUAGCUCUUCUUACAUUAUUUCGCAUUGCAACAAGUGAUAAUUGGAAUAGUAUUAUGAAAGAUACUUUGCGUCAAGAUGAAUCACCUAAUGCUAUCAACAAUAACUUUUUGAAAAUAAUUUCACCUAUUUAUUUUGUUGUUUUCAUUCUUAUGGCUCAAUUUGUACUUAUUAAUAUUGUUGUUGCUGUACUAAUGAAAAACCUUGAAGAUUCAAAUAAGAUGAUAGUUGAUGAUGCUGAAAUGGAUGAAGAAAUUGAACGACAACUUGAACCUGAUGUACAUGAUGAAAAUUAUGUUGAAGAAGCAUUACUCUAG